GCAUAGAGUAUAGUACGUAUAUAUAGGCAGUGAAGUUUCUUCGGCUCUCGCUCGCUGGCGCAAGUGUAAUCUGCAACUUGGGACUUGUGUCACGUACCGAAAAUGAAGAAAAUCGUAAUUUUUGGUUCCACUGGAAUGACUGGCCUGUGCGCCACGGAGGCUGCCGUAAAAAAAGGCCUAUCAGUACGAGCGUUUGUCCGCGAUGAAGCUAAAAUGCCGGAGCACUUGAGGGAUAAAGUGGAGCUGUUCCCUGGCAACGUCCUGGAGCCUGACUCCGUCGCAGACGCCCUAGAGGGCGUGGACGGCGUCGUCAUCGCUCUCGGCACCAGGAACCUCCUAGAUGAGAAGUCUGCAUCAGACAUGUCUGAGGGCACCAAGAACAUCAUUGACUCAAUGAGAGCUAAGAAUGUGAAGAUCGUGUCCGCGUGUCUGUCUGCUUUCCUGUUCUACGAGCCCGAAAAGGUGCCCCCGAGGUUCGUGGUCCUCAAUGAAGACCAUAAGAGAAUGUACGAGGCUCUGAAGGAAAGUCCCCUGGAUUAUAUCGCAGUUUUCCCGCCUCAUAUCGCUGACGAGCCAAGCCGUGACAUCGUGGUGACUGUGAACCCCACGACAUCACCAGGACGCUCCAUCUCCAAGUGGGACCUCGGCAGCUUCCUCGUAGACUCGCUAAGCGAAUCCAAGUACUACAAAUCCGUCAUCGGCAUCGCCAACAAGUAGAGGCUAGAGGGAUAAUUAAAUAUAAGUCUGUAUCGGUCUAAGUGUUAGGAAAUGUUUAUUAUAUGUUAAAACUAACGGUGCCUAAUUUAUUUACCUACGCGUGACGUCACCAGAAGGGCAAGUGAUGUCAAAGAAAAAAGUUAUAAUCGUUUUGGUAUGAGUUUAAUGACCGCUAAAUAUAGCUCUAAUUGACGUCAUCCAGACGUAUUUUUCGUAAUUAUUUUAGAACGAUGGAUGAUUGGCAAAUAAUAUUUGCUAGCUAGCUGUUGACUUCUGGGGAAUUCACGUGUUACUAAUAUUUGAAAAGGUUUAGCCAGCUCCUGCACAUCUCGCAUUUAUAUUAUUGAACCGCCUCGCACAAUUUAUUGCAUACUUUUUAAUAAAUGUUGUUUUCGCAGCUGUUAUGUUUUAUGUAAAGGUGCCAGUCAUUUCGUAACGUUCACAGUUGAGACACAUAAUUAAGCGGUAACCUUAUUUUCUUCUAAGCUAAUAAAUGAAUAUUCUAAGUUCUAUUUCAAUUGUUAUAAGUUUUAAAUGCAUUUAUUUUUAGAAAUUUAAAUUCUCAAUUUGCAUAGACCUAUGCCCGCGAGGUGUUACGGAAUUUAUUUUAAACUGUACUCGAUUUUAGGGUAAAUAAGAUUUUUUUCUGGACAACUAAUACCUCAAUAUACAGCUCAGUGUAAUAUGUUAAACACUAUAUUUUGUUGGUAAUAAAUUUUUAAUCGUU